AUGACUGCCGUUGUUUUAGCUGCUAUUACUAUAAAGUGCAAAGAGGUUGUUUACCUGCAGGAAGAUGAGCUGGUUGUAGAGGAGAUAGUGGUGGCACAAGGAAACGCAGUGAAUUUAGAAGAUGAAACAUUGAAAGUGGUCGUAGUUAUGGUAGGAAUGGCAAAGGGAAGAAAUGACAAUUAG